UUGACUCUCUCGGGCAAAUUGCAGGGGAGUGUCCGCUGUCGUCCUAAGUCCUUUAGCACAGGGAGCCACAGUCUUAACUCGUAUCUAACCCCCUGAUAACCCAACUAUCAGGGGCCCUUGAUAGUUGGGGAAAAUGGCGAUGACACUGUUGGAAGACUGGUGUAGAGGGAUGGAUGUGAAUUCCCAGAGAGCCCUGCUGGUCUGGGGGAUCCCGGUGAACUGUGAUGAGGCUGAAAUCGAAGAGACCCUCCAGGCUGCGAUGCCCCAGGUGCACUAUCGAGUGCUUGGGAGAAUGUUCUGGAGGGAAGAGAAUGCCAAAGCAGCCUUGUUAGAGCUCACUGGCACUGUGGAUUACGCUGCCAUCCCCAGGGAGAUGCCGGGUAAAGGAGGGGUCUGGAAAGUAGUCUUUAAGCCUCCGACUUCCGACGCUGAAUUUCUAGAAAGGUUGCAUGUCUUCCUAGCCCGAGAGGGAUGGACUGUGCGAGAUGUUGCCCGUGUCCUUGGGUUUGAGAACCCCGCUCCGGCCCCAGGCCCAGAUAUGCCAGCAGAGAUGCUAAACUAUAUUUUGGAUAAUGUUAUUAAGCCUCUUAUAGAGUCCAUAUGGUACAAGAAGCUGACGUUGUUCUCGGGGAGGGACAUCCCAGGGCCUGGGGAGGAGACAUUUGAGCCCUGGCUGGAGCACGCUAAUGAGGUCAUUGAGGAGUGGCAGGUGUCUGAUAUAGAAAAGAGGCGGCGGUUGAUGGAGAGUCUUCGAGGCCCUGCCGCUGAUGUCAUCCGCAUCCUCAAGACCAACAACCCAGAUAUUACCAUCGCUGAAUGCCUGAAGGCGCUUGAGCAGGUGUUUGGAAGCGUGGAGAGCUCCAGGGAUGUGCAGGUCAGAUUUCUGAACACUUACCAGAACCCAGGAGAAAAAUUAUCUGCUUAUGUCAUUCGUCUGGAGCCUCUGCUGCAGAAGGUGGUGGAGAAGGGGGCCAUAGAUAAAGAGAACGUGAACCAAGCCCGCCUGGAACAAGUCAUUGCGGGGGCCAACCACAGCGGGGCCAUCCGAAGGCAGCUAUGGCUGACCGGGGCUGCGGAAGGGCCGGCCCCUAACCUCUUCCAGUUGCUUGUGCAGAUCCGUGAGGAAGAGGCCAAGGAACAGGAGGAGGCGGCUGAAGCCGCCCUCUUGCAGAUAGGCCUGGAGGGGCACUUCUGAGUCCCGAGAAAACGGACUUUAGUGCAGACCUAGAUCACAGCUGCUUUUCGUGUCUCUGUGCUGUCCUGCAGGUAUGUCUCCUGGUGGUAAAGACUUAGCCGUGGUUCUGCUGGGGUAAGUCAGGCCUGCAUAUUCACGUUAACAUUGGUAAAAGCUUGCACGCGAGCACCAGAGCUGCUGCAGUACAAGUGAGUCAUGUCAGCCACAAUGCCAGGGAAAGGCUUGGACAGAGCAGGUUGUCAGUGCUGCAAGCUGUCGUCAUGGCAUCAUCACCAUCAGUUGUGAAAACCAUGGGAACUCGUGACACUUCCCAGAGGUAACUGAAUGUGAAAUUGUAUGUUCAGAAGUUUAGUGCACGGCCUGGCUUACACAAGAAGUGUUGAGUAAAAAUGUGAACUGUUGUUACUACUGUUGUGAGUAGUUUUUGUGUUUACUGUAAAUUGUUCCUGAUUUAUAUUAAUGGAAAGAAAUGUGAAUUAGAUAUUAUUCAACUGUUUACAGUGCAAAUUUCUCAUUUUUCAUUUUUAAACAUCUAGAUCAGUUUGAGACGUGUUCUGAGGCUGCAAAUGAGGUGUUAGAAAUACUGCACUUACAGAGUUGUGUAAAUCAAGUUUUCACUGAACAAGAUAAGAAUAGAAGAGGGAGGUUAAUAUGAACCAGCUCAGUAUCUAAUCCCCCAUUUCAGAUAUUUGUCACUGAAGAGUAGUUUACCUUGUUCAUGCUGGUUCUAAGUGUUUAAAUUUGAAGUUAUCAAAUAUAUGUUUAUUAAUAAAAAUAUUUUAAAAAUUC